GACGGACGAAUGGAUGGAUGCGUUUUCUAUUCCUCAUUUUGGAAGGGUCGAAAUGUCAUGUUCAGAAGAUGAAAAAAAAGAAACUGUGUAUAUUUCUAAUAUUUAUAAACUAAAGAUUAUCACCAUUAUGCAAUAGACUGUGACAUAAAGAUUACCUAUACGUGUGCUGUAAAUAGUUUUGUAGAGCUAGUAUUUACAGAUACUGUGUGGUGCAUUCUCUAUCAUAACAAUGUCUUACUUCUUACUGUACGUCUGUCGGGAACCUGGCUAUCACCUGCAAGCGACUACAAAAGUGGACAAAGGAACCUUAAUGCAAAAAGCCGAACGCCGAACGUACGGUACGGUAACAGUCGCAUAACUUUAUUUAAACUGCAAACGAGAAUUGGUUGAAUUUCCGCCGUGUCGGAGGUUUGGUGGACUGUCAUCUUCACAGCUGAGUCAGAGUUACCACUGAUUUUCGCAGAGCGAAUAAACAACCAGCGAAACUUAAGCCGAAUAUAAACUGACCUCUUUUUUUGUUUUUGUUUAGCUCAAACCCCCCCCCCUUUUUUUUAUGGACAUGGAUUCGUUUUUUGUCAAAAACCGACUCAUCCGAAACCGGGGCGUACAAAAACCGAGGUUUGACUGUAGUUUGCUGUUUAAAAAAAGAACAUUAGUAAGACUACAGAUGUCCGUGGUUUCUUCUUCUUUUAUGUUCUCGACUGUUAGCAUUGGUUUUAGCAUUAGCCUUCCGUGUCUACAGCCAUCCACGUUUUCUUCUGCCGGCAUUUGCAAACUUUCUUAGGCCCCAUGGUGGAUUAUUUUACCAGUCGCACUUAAUAAAAAAUGUGCCGACGAGCACAUGAUUCGGCGGAACAAAACAGUACAGCGCAAAUCGACUAGUUUGUUUUGCGUAAUAUUGUACAAAAACCAAGAAAGCGUAUGAAAACAGGAGCAACAUUUCUGCGAAAGUUUUUGUCGAAACCCGAAAACUGGGGCGUACAAAAACGGAGGUUUGACUGUAGUUUAGUUUAGUGUAGCGUAACAACAUUAAGUGUACAGACACCCCUGUGUUUUUUCUUCUUGGUUUGUUUUGACUGUUAGCAUUGUUUUUAGCAUUCCAAGUCUACAGCCAUCCACGUUUUCUUCUUCUUCAUGGUUUCUUUUCAACUGUUGGCGUUCUUUUACCAUUCGCUUGUGGACGCCUAGAUGACUUAACCCGGGGUUGUCCAAAGGGCCGCCCCCAGCACAUUCUAAAAAUAUAAUUUAAGAAACAAAAAAACAACAGCAGCAGCAAAAAUAGAAAAAUCUGCAGUAUUUUUACAAGCAUAAAGUCGAUAUUUUAAGAGAGGAAAAAAGUUGUAAUAGUAUGACACAAAAACAAUGUAGUUUUUGUAGUAUAAUGUUGAAAUAUUAAAGAAAAAAGAUGGGUUUUUUUAAAGUUUGAAAUGAGAAAGAAACAACAAAAUAAUGUUAUUUUGGGAAUAUUAGGUUGGGGGAAAAGUUAUAAUAUUAUGGCACUUAAGCCCAAAUAUUAUGGGAAUAAAGUCAUAAUAAUAUGAGAAGAAAGUUGAAAUAGUUGGAAAAUAAAAAUUUAAAAAACAGCUGUAAUUUUACGAGAAUAAAGUAAAAAUAUUACGAGAAAAAAGUUCUAUUCUUGCAAGAGAAAAAAAAGUCACAGUUUUACGAGAAUAAACUCAUAAUAUCGUGAGGAAAAAUGUUUUAGUAGCAUAAAAAAACGUAAAGUCAUAUGAUGAGAAACAUACAAAACAAAAUAAAGUUGUAAUUUUUGGAUAAUUAGGUUGGGGAAAAAGUUAUAUUAACAUGGGAAUAAAGUCAAAAUAUUAAGAUUAAUGUUCAUACUAAUAAUAUGCUUUGUCACAUCCAGUAUAUCACAAAGCUAAGAUGCAGAGUUUUUAAAAUAUAUAUAUAUAUAUAUUUGCAUAUCUAAAGUGGCCCUUGCAUCCUUUCAUUUUUUAGUAUGUGAGCCUCGCUGGAAAAAGUUUGGACACCCCUGACUUAAGCAGAAAAGCAACGAUCGGAAUGCAAAAUGUAAUGUCCAAAUUCAUUCAUAAGGGAUGAUUGCGGACUGAAAGUUUUACCAAAAAGUAAACGUCGAAGGCUUCGGUGUGCUGCCUUUUGCAUUAAGGUUUUCAUGUCUCGUGUGAAUCCUUCCGUGUGGGCUUGGAUAAUGUAAACGGAUCCUAACGGAUGUGAGUUCCGCCCAGAAACAAUGGAACGCUCCGUCUAAAGACCUCAACUAUUUUCAUGGAAGAGGCUAUGGAUUAUGGCACGGGUCCAGUUUAGUGUGUCACGAGCCCACGAGGGAAAGACGGUUUGUCGAACAGAUCGUGUGGAUAGUGUACCAAUACAGUCCCACCACCGCUGUCAAUGAAAGCAUGCACUGUCACAACAAAAUACUUUUUGGGGAAAAAAAAAGAAGAAAAAACAAUGUUGAUGUUAAUGUUAGAUUCUGUUCAUUGUCGUCUGUGUGUGAACAUGGAGCAUCGACCUUUCACAUGGACAUUCUUAAGUAUUUGUGCCUAAACCAUAGCCAUGUUCCACCCUUCGGUUCAUCCUGACGUUCCUCUUCUUUUAUGUCUGUGUUCUUUUGGGGUUUUUUAAAGACGGGAAGUUUGCAACGAUGGCCAAAUGUCUCACGUGGCGUCCGAUGUGUUUGUUUUCUCACAAGCUAUAUCCAGCUCAUGUGCUGUACAGGGGAUUUUUAAUUUUUGUUUUUCCGAGGGGAAAAAGUGCAAUCUUAAAAGCAGUGAUAUCACGCUGGAUGAGACAUUGUACAAAUCCAAACCACCUUUCUACCUUUUACUUUGUAGCUAGUCACUGAUGUUUGGGUCCAUGUGUUUAAAGAACCGGCCAAAGCGAAAAGUCUUUUUGUGUGUGUGUGUGUGUGUGCGUGUGUGUGUGUGUGUGUGUGUGUGUGUGUGUGUGUGGUUUUGAAUUGCACUUUCAGAGUAGAACAUUUUAAGCGGAUGAGUUAUAGCAAAAGGGAGCUCGAGAAUUUCCCAACAAGGAGCGCUUAAUCGUGAAUCUGCCAUAGUGAGUAGGAACUAUAGUGCACACAGAUGGCAGCACUGUUGCUUUGUGCUGUUUUUCUUUCUUCUUGUUUUUGAUACUUGCCUUUGGAAGGGAGUGCUUCCCAACGACGUGCUUUUUGUUUGUUUUCCUCUCUCUGCCGAUUACAGCUAACGUACCGGACGGGCAUUAAUUAUGAAUAGUGAGCUUACACAUGGUCAGCAUAGCCACCCUCGACAAACCAGCACAUAUAUUUCUACGUAUACUUCUGAUACCUGUUUCUUUCGUCGUCCAUGUCGGUUGAAGAAAAUAAGGAUGCAAAAAGAAUCUGAUGCCCGCAAAGGACGAGAGCCACAUUUUUUGCUUUCAUAUGUUUACUGUUGAUGAUGACGAUGGAGGGGAGGGGUGAGUUUUUGGUAACGCCGCUCAUCGACCCGCUCAUUCUCGCCUGGUGACUUGAUACGGAAGAAAAAAAAGAAAGAUUAAUGUCAAACUUUCUUACAACAAUAUGCAGACAAACAGUGUUUGUCAAAAAUUUUGGGGGGAUUUUUCUUUUGUUUUUCUUUUUGGGUAUAUUUUUGGUUUGUAAAUAAUAAACCUUUAAGAUAUAGAAAAUAAACGACAUAUUGUCAUUUCAAUGAGCGUGUGUCGUCGUGUUUUGGACGGACAGAUGCGAGCGGGGAAGUGAAGGGUCCAGAGAAGGUUCUGGAAGAGUCAGCGUUUCCGGGACCAGGUGAAAUACUGUGUUGAGCGGCCUUCCGGGGGGAUUUCCAUUAAUUGCCUUUGAAAUCCAGGACUCAAGUCGUAAAACUGUCAGCCUAAAGACAGAUUCCCUCAAGGGUCAGAGGACGGAUGUUGUGCUUUCUUUGUUACAAGCUUCGACAGCUCGGAGCUUGUUGCAGCCCAAGCUGGGUUUUUAUUGAUUACAUUUAUUACUUUGAGGAUGGCACCCGGUGUCCCCUUAAUAGAUCCGAGGGACAUGUCGUGUGAUGUGACAUGUUUUUUUAAUUUUCAAUUCAUUUUGACCUGUUGAAUGAAUAGCAUCCGUCUAUUUUCUAUGCCGCUUAUCCUAAUUAUCCUAAUAAUUUUAAUAUUAUAGGUAUAAAGGCAAAAUAUUAUGGGAAUAAAGUUGUGAUAUUAUGGAAAUUUUACACAAAUGGGGGGGAAAAGAGCAGAACUUCAUCCUAAUAAUAGUUCUCCUAUAUUAAAAAGCUGAGAUGCAUUUUUUUCUAUCUUAGAAAACCCAAUAUUUCUUCACUGGUGCAUUUCACACAGAACCCAGAAAACCAAGACAUAAAAGAAUGCAUGUUCCCACAGUGUCAAAGCAUCCUGCACAAUUAGAUGCACGACAAUGACCCUGGUAAUGGCUUUGAACAGGUCCAAGGAUUUUUGCUAUUCCCUUUCACACAGCCUGCCUCUGACACUGCCCUCCCAGCUGGAAAAUUUCCGGGUCAACUUCAACCCCCACUCUGUGUCGAACAGCGACACACAAAAGUGCCGGGAAAAAGCUGGCUUUUUGUGGGCCGUGUGAAAGGAGACGAUGACAAACCAACAAAACACCUGAAAGCAGAUUCAUGUGGUGGAAAUAUCUAAACAUUCAUCCCUUAGCUCCUUAAUGGAGUGCUUUUGAAGGUUUGUGAAAUGAGUACUUGCUACAUUUUAUUUUACCCACUAUUUUUAAAAACUCCACAGGUGUUUACAUGGAGGAAGAAAACACAGGUUCUUAAGGUAGCAAUUGGUCCUGAUGCUAGUCAAGACCACACCUCCUUGGAUGGCAACUCUGUACCUUAAAAUCCUGCCCACAAAUGUCCCAAACAGAAGCAUGAUGGUGUGAUGUCCUGCCAAAUGGUGACACACCUUUCUCAGCAGCCAUCCAGAGACCAUAUGGCUCAUAGCGAAGACCAUCACCUGCUAUCCUGCACGCCUGCUCCAAGAGCCUCCACAUGUACUGUACAUAGGAUAGGCAAGACCCCCGUCCAUUAUUUACUUCUAAAACUCCCACUAGAAUAACAAGCUGUGAGAUCCACAGGGAACCCGCAGAUCUUACCUGGCAGAUGAUUGUUGAGCGAAAACCUGUGGAAGGCCAGGCUGCCCGAAUAACCGCAUGGAGUCGUUGGAUCAGUUGGUUCUCCAUCUGCAUGGGAAAACACUGAGGUAAGACAUUGGCAAACACACUUCUGGUAUGAACGUGACAACCGCGCACGUAUCGGACAACAACGUCUUCACUUUCUUUGGCUUUUUACAACAAAAGAAUUAGCAGAAGAAUUUAGCCAAAAAUGAGCCGCACCGCCGUAUUAGCUGCAGGGUUCGAAGUAUAAGAAAAAGUAUCAACUUAUACACCAAAAUUUACAGUGUACCUACUGUAUUUACCGUAGUACUUAUAAUUGCAUCCUUGAAAAUGUUUCACUUUGUAGUAUGUUGGAAACCUCACUUGCUAAGUACAGAACUGUUAUUGUUUUGAGUAUGCCCAAAACAUGAGGCAGUCAUUAACUGUGCACAAGCCCUUUAAGCAGUGACCAGUGAUGAUACCAUAAAGAAAAUAUCAAUAUUUGUCAAAUGAAUGGAGGUAGAAAUGUAUUUUUUGUAUUAUUCCAAUUCUUCUGAACAAUUACCACUGCACUUAGUGUGAGUUGGUUGCUGUUUCUGGAUGCUCUGCUGAAUAAAUGAAUGAAUUUGACCGGCAGGGUGGAGGAUUAUAUAUCCAAGCUCAACAGAAGCUGAUCAAACUUUUACAACUGAGUAACGGAGCUUUUCCUGGGGAAGGAUAGGGUUACUUUAUAUAGAAAUAAGACAACAAAUGUUUUUCAGUUUAUGAUUUAAAAAAAAACAACAAAUGAAAUAUUAAUAAGUGUUCGUUGUUGCCACGUUACGUCAAUGAGAGCUCAAGGUACCCCGCCACAUCACGUACUAAUUCUGUGUAGUUGUUAUUCCAGAGGAAACGCACCAACUUCACCUUGGGAGGACCACUAAAUUUGUCUGCGCCGUGAUGUUAUCCUCUAGAUUCAAUUACCUGUAAGAGAUUGUUACUGUUGUGGCUGCGCCGGGGUCGUCCGCCAUCACGCAUGUUGCGUUCCGCCCUGUCCUUGUGGUGAUGCCGCUUCAUUGACUUCGCAGCAAGGACAGCAUGAUACAGUGCAGGCUGCACAUGGCAGCAUCGUUAGUUUGCUACCGGACAACUACACACCAACCAAGGAGACAUCUUGGAUCGAAUUUCAUCAGGACAAUGAAGCACGUGUGAGCUUAACUUCCCCUUAAAACGGUUAACGAAAUAGAUCGACCUUCCGGAGUAAACGUAACUUGUUUAAGAACACAAGGGCAGGCACGGAGCUGAUUGGCUGAGACAUAAAUAUUCAGAAAACAAGAAGCUUGAAGGAUAAUAAGACAUGGAUUAAAAAAUAUACAGUAAUAUAAGCACAUGGACGAUGCCCUGUGGGCAUCUACGAAUACGCGCAUUGUGCAUUUAAUUAAAAAAAAAACGGAAUUAAAUCAAAUUUCAGAUGAAAAGUCACAAUAAAAAAAAUUUUAAAAACAUUUUAUGUGAUUAAAAUUAUAAACAAAUUAAAGCACAAGAUAAACUUAAAAUUAAAAAUAAAAAUAUAUAUUUUUUAAUUUCUAUUUACCAGGGGUGUCCAAAGUGCGGGCCGCGUGCCAAAAAAGUGUAUAAUAUAUUAAUGAAAUAAAUAAAGUAAAAUAAAAGUGUAUUUAAAUAAAACAUGUAAAGCCCAAAUAGAAAUAUAUGUACUUCAGCUCCUUACACGGAUACAUUGUGGGCAUCGACGACCAUCAACGUUGGUUAUUUCUUUAACAGCAUAUGACAGACUGUGCUUUACAUAUAGAAAAUGUACAUUAUUAAAUGAAGAAAUAAAAAAAUAUAUAGUUUUAAUUUUUAGUAGGAAGGAGAUGUGCGUUAUCGUUAUUGUUUUGUUUUGUUUUUUUAAAUAAGAGUUAGUUUCAAAGACUAAUUAGCUCCACUAGGAGGCGACCACACGUGUCUUUAGUAGUUUUUUUUUUUCUUUCUUAUUCUCUCUGUUGUUUUUUUUCUUUCUUUCAUAGCUGGCGUGUGGUACCCAGAUGUGCCGCAAGUCCCUUUGACCUUUCCCCAGCGCUUUGCCUUCAUAUCACGUUUAACCUCACAUGCGAACGCUCGAUGUCACCGCUGACCUCAGUGUAAGAGGUCGCAGGCUCCUUGUUAGCUCGUGACCCCCGAACGCAACACAGACACACACGCACACAUCCUGGUUCUUUUUUUUGUGUGUGACAGAAAAGAGACAAACGUGUGCCUUUUCUUGUUUGUGAUGCCACCUCUGGCUGCUCAGUACAAAAAAGCUACAUUGACAAUAAUAAUAAUAAUCAAACGGAAUGUGAGCCAUAUUUAGUUUUGGUGUAAAGAAACUCACCUAGCCGGCACACUGCAUGUCCAUCACCACAUCUGAAGCUUUUUAUUAUUAAGGUAAAAAAAAAAUCCAAACCUUCAUGGUCCUGUGUGAAAAAGUGAUUGCUCCCUAAACCUAAUAAGUGGUUGGGCCACGCUUAGCAGCAACAUCUGCAAUCAAGCAUUUGCUAUAACUUACAAUGAGUCUCUUACAGCGCUGGGGAGGAAUUUUGGCCCACUCAUCUUUGCGGAAUUGUUGUAAUUCAGCCACAUGGGAGGUUUUUCCAGCAUGAAGCGCGUUUUUGAGGUCAUGCCACAGCAUCUCAAUAGGAUUCAGGUCAGGACUUUGACUAGGCCACUCCAAAGUCUUCAUUUUGUUUUUCUUCAGCCUGUCAGAGGUGGACUUGCUGGUGUGUUUUGGAUCAUUGUCCUGCUGCAGAACCCAAGUUGGUUUUAGCUUGAGGUCACAAACAGAUGGCGGGACAUUCUCCUUCAGGAUUUUUUGGUAGACAGCAGAAUUCAUAGUUCCGGCAAGUCUUCCAGGUCCUGAAGCAGCAAAACAGCCCAGACCAUCACACUACCACCACCAUAUUUUACUGUUGGUAUGAUGUUGUUUUUCUGAAAUACGGCGUUCCUUUUACACAAGAUGUAAUGGGACACACACCUUCCAAAAAGUUCAACUUUUGUCUCAUCAGACCACGGAGUAUUUUCCCAAAGGUCCUGGGGAUCAUCAAGAUGUUUUCUGGCAAAAUUGAGACGUGCCUGAAUGUUCUUUUUGUUCAGCAGUGGUUUUCGUCUUGGAACUCUGCCAUGCAGGCCGUUUUUGCCCAGUAACUUUCUUAUAGUGGAGUCAUGAACACUGACCUUUACUGAGGCAAGUGAGGCCUGCAGUUCUUUGGAUGUUGUUGUGGGGUCUUUUGUGACCUCUUGGAUGAGUCGUCGCUGCGCUCUUGGGGUCAUUUUGGUUGGCCGGCCACUCCCGGGAAGGUUCACUACUGUUCCAUGUUUUCGUCACUUGAGUUAUGCUAUAUGUAUAUAUUGAUUUUUCAAUUGGAAAAACACAAAAUAUGCAAUAUUUUUCCAAAAAUGUGGUCACAAGAAGUCGGUCAUAAAGUUUUAAUAAAAAAAUGCAUCUAUACAUUUUUACCACGGCAUUGCAUGCUCCUCAUACAUUGAUUUCUUGAAUCCAGAUAGCGCAUGACAUGCUGCUGUGCCUCUGUUCUUCACUGUCACACUGCUAUUGCUGCAAUCUUUACAUAAAUAACCUGACCAGAUGGAUCGUCGUUUACCAUUACAAGACAAAUUGAAAUGUACUAUAAAAAAUACCACAUUUUUAAUUCACAAGCGUGUCCUUGCCUUACCUAAGCCACACUGUCUGUGUUGCUUUCGUCUAUUGAUGAACUGUCAACAGAUGGCGUUCAUUGUCUCCUUCAUGGAACACAACUUUCCAUCAAUUCCACUCGGAGGAUUUGUUUUCUGCUCCGAUGCUUGGCCCUGCAAUCUUUAUUUCUCAAACACACAUCUUCCUCGGCGGAAAAACAACAUGAAAAUAUCUUUUGAACAUGUGAUGCAGCUUUCGGUCAUCAACCAGAGGCCUUGACCUUUAGGAUGAUCCGCAGCAGAUGUCAGGCUUUCCCUGUGACCCCUUCCCUUGUUCAUAUUGUGGUCCAGCGUUCCAAGGAAAGCUUUAAUCCCACUUUGUUCUGAUGGGAACAGAUUACAGUAUUGUAUGUUGUUGUCCUUGAUAGACUUAUAAAAUAAUGUAAAGAGCAACCCCCUGCUGCCCCCCUCAUGUACGGCAUGAAACACACCAGCCACACCAGCGAUCGAUGAAAGCUUCACAUCUCGCUGGAAUCAUCAUUGGGUUGGUUGUUUUUUCCGCGUCGAGCAGUGAGAGCAGUGUAGCUGAAAGGUUCCACUCUGGGACUUUGUAGUCUUGAAAAAUCAUGAUUGAUUUGACAUAAAAAGUGCCCAAACCUGAGGGCACAAAGCGGCGUAAUGGUGUACCGUCUCGGAAAUAAGAUUAUGUAAGAUAGUGCAUGAUAUGCUGCUAUGCCUCGCUGAAUUCAAGGAAAAUGAGAAGACAUUGGACCCAAAAUAAUAACUAAAGAUAAAGUACAUUUGUAUAACUCUAUAAAUAAAUCUAUAGAAUGAAUGCAGUCAUACCUCAUUUACUACACUUAAUUGGUUCCAGAGCCGACCGCGAUAAGUGAAUUUCCGCAAAGUAGGAUUCAGUAUUAAUAAACAGAAUAUUUUCGUAGUUAAAGCAUAGAAAACCUGUUUAUAACCUUCUAAAUACGGUUUUUACAGCCUUCUAAACAUGAAAUAACACCCUAUAGUCACCUUUACACUUAUAUUACCCCAUUUAGUAGACAUAAUAAUGGAAAAUAAGACAUCUUAGACAGUGGUGCCUUGGUUAACAUCAUUAAUCCGUUCCAGAUGACCCGACUCAAACCAAAACGGACACAUUUUCCCAUAGAAAAGAAUGUAAAUCCAAUUAAUCCGUUCCAGACACCCAUAAAUGUUAACACAAAACACAUUGCGAACGCAAGCCAAGACAAAAUUUUUGAUAAAAUUUUGAAUUUUAACCGAAAAACACGCUAACUGAGGUACCACUGUACAUACCACACACGUUAGCAUUGACUUCCUAGUGGCUGUUGUCUUGCCAAUGUAACGAUACUGACACCUAGAGAGUAGAUUAGAAUACUAAUUUACUGUCACUGUUUGACUCACAAUGCGCUUCAAUCGCUUUAUUAGCAAGCAGAGAACCCAUACAGUGAACAUUCAAACAGGAGCUGCUGUCGGCCACUCUCUACACUGGUACGCUUUGUAGGUUUGUAAUCUGUUUUUUUUAUGUUGCUUUUGGAUUUAAUGGCUUCUUCUUGGUCGAGUGGCCUUUCAGCCCUUGGUCCAGGAUAAUGACACACGUUUACCAGCUUUAGCCAUCAUCUUCACGAAGUCUUUUCCUGUGGUUCUGGGGUUGAUUCGCACAUUUCGGGCCAAAAUAUGUUCAUCUCUGAGACAGAGAAACCGUCCCCUUCCUUAUGAUGGCUGGUCAUUACCACAUCUGGAAAUUGCACCCAAGGAUGAACCAAACUUGUGGAGAUUUUUUAAAAUUUUCCCAUAAUAUCAAACAAGCAAACAGGAAAAAAAAAAUGUUUGUGUGUUUUUAAACAGUGCAUGUAAACUUGUGGUGUAUGAUAAUGUAUGAUAUGUUGUGAUCAACUGAAGGAAAACGAGAAGACAUUAGACACAACGUAACGUAGCUUUACGUUACAUCGCAUACUCGACUUAUGGGUAGUCGCACAUGCAGUGGGAUAGUGCAUGAUAUGCUGCUGCAGUGUAUACACCGCUGUAUUCAAGUAAAAACAAUAAGACACACAUUUGAGGAUCAUUUCUUAGAUGCAGUUGUAUAUUUGUGUCAUUCUUGCAUCUGCAAAGUAACACAACACGAGGUAAUUUGUCACCAGUGGUGGUGCAAUGCUAUUAUUGUAAAGGGGGUCAGUGCUGAUGGGACAAAAAAAAAAAAAAAAUCAUCGGUCAUGUGACCAAACACAUUGUUGAUCACGGAGAGCAGAUUUUGCGCCUGAGUGGUGCCACAUAUAUUUUGUGCUUAUCUGUUGGUUACACUUUAACAGUGAGGGUCAAAUGUUAUUGAUUUAAAUUGCCUGUAAAUGCUUUUAGGCUGACUGGGAGUCCAAUUGACGUCUUGUUUAUUAAUUAACAAUCUGCCUUUUUUAGUCCUUGGAAAUGUGCAUCGUGUUUCGUUAAAGUAGCCAGUCAUUGUUUUAGUAAUGCAUAGAUUUCCCCAACGCAUACCUAAAUGAAUAUGCGUACAAAAAGACUGUUAAGUCUUGUUUGUUACACUGAUAAAAUGCUCAGUGGAUUUCUUAGAACAGAAUGGCCACAGAGACAUGGACAUAAAGUGUAGGGGAAUUCAUUGGUUCACAGACGUGAGUGGUUGCUGGUCAGCUGGGAUCGGCUCCAGCUCACACUUACCCCAAUGAGGAUGAACGCUAUAGAAAAUGGAUGAAUCGUAACAUUCACAUUUUAUCUUAGUAAUCCUAAUAAUAACAACUCAAUUUCCAACAAUUUGCAUGCUUCAAAGCCAAUGAUAAUAAUUUGUUUGGGGUUUUUUUCUGCAAAUUUGUAUUAGUAUUAUUAUUAGUAGUAGUGCUUUCAUUACUUGUCUGUUUUUUAAUUUUUUAUUUAAGAUAAAAAUUCAAUAUUAUUGCUGUUGUUUUGAUAACAAUAUGUUACAGUAUAUUUAUAAUAUUUAUUAUUAUUAAUAGUAAUGAAAUUGGCAUAUUUAAAAUUAUCGUGCUACUACCACAUGCUAUGCUAUGCUACUAUACUAUACUACUAAUAUUAUUAUUGUGGGGGUAAAAAUAUAUAUUUUUAAUAAUACGUUAUUCAGAUUUUUCAGUGGUAUUAGUAUUAGUAAUAGUGCUGGAAUUAGGUGUAGUAGUAGUAGUAGUAGUAGUACUACUACCAUUAUGGUACUACUAUGGCACAUGGAUGUCCGAGGUCCCGCUCACCCACCUCUACCCUCCAGGGGAUGUAAGCAAUCAAUCCCCUCCACCCUGCACCCAUGCCGGACUCCACAGCCAUGUGACACCUAAAGCCUCCUGCGUAACAGUUAAUAAUCCUGCCAUGGCUAAACCUACUGGCAGAUUAAAGUAAAUCCCCCCCAUGAAUUCCACUUUUCUGUUGUGGUAUCACUAACUUUAUUAACCAUCAUAUCAUGAUGAAUCACGACGACUAGCAGACCGUUGAUGCAUCGAGCCAUUUCUGCCCGGGGUCGCUCACAUUUUCGCUGCACCCGCUUUCAAGUGUGUGAGAUGCAUGCAUGCACAAAGCUGCUAUGUAUUAUGAAUUGUGAGUGACCUCUGUCUAAGCUCUGGAAUCUCAACCCGUCUGUUAGACGACAUAAGCUUCUAUUUCUUUUUUAUGCACCCCUUCUGGCUCUAAAAUAGAUCAGUCUGAAAGGGAUCUGAUGUAAUUCUAUUAUACUGCUUCCAGCUUCCUGCUUAGGGCGCUGCUGUUGCAAUAGCAUGCUUUUUUAUUAACGUGCAAAGUGUCAGUUUUGCAUUAGGGGCAAAUGAGACAGUGCCCCAGCUGUUCCAGCAGAUGGCAGUGUUGUUAAAAAUGUACUUUUAAGUGAUUGAAAGAAGACAUUUAGGUUUAAAAAUAUUAGUGUUGUAUUGGGGGUGAUUUACAUACUGCAGUGUGUCUGUGUAUUUAAAAUAAAAUAAAUAACAAACAAUAAAAUAAAUACUUUUGGAAAAAUAAUAACAUAAAUUUAAAAAAUACUAAUUAUUAUUAUUAAAAUAAUAAUAGUAAAAACAUCUCUGGGUGCACUUUUAACCCUUAAUCAAAAAAGAAACUGUAUUUAGUAACCAAAAACAUGCCUCACUAUCGCUUCUUGUCAAUCAGGAAAGUCAUUAUUAGAAUAAUAUAAUAAAAUAAUAAUGCAGUUAAAAAAAUAAAAUAUAAAAAUAUAUAUUGGUAUCUUUUUUUAAACAAAAGUAAAAUAAAAACAAAUUAUUUAUAAACAUAAAAUGCUACAUUCCCAAAAAUAUAUAUAAAAAAUGAUACACAGUCAUAUUGUAAAAAUGCAUUUGUGCUAUUAAAGGCUUCCCCUCCAAAUAAGCACCUUACCCCCAAAAUAGGCACCUGAUACCCUCUGCAGCUCAGCAUGAGGAAGUAAUGGCGAAAGAGAUAAAGAGAUAGAUGGAUAGAUGGAUGUGUCUUGAAUCUUGAACAUCUUGGGCCAGAAAAUUCUACUUGUUGUUUUUUAAUCAGUAAAAAUAGCGUCUAAGGCGUAUAGUGUGGCUUGCUACUCGGAUGCUUCCAUGACAGAUGUCCCAUGCAAUCCUGAUAUAAGCUGGCAUUAAGGUCAGACCACAGGAGACUCCUUUCUUUCUCUUUUAUGAAUUAGUGGCGACAUGGUUUGUCUUAAGAAGCCCACUUCCUCAGAUGACCCGCAUUGUUCUUCGUAGAGAAAACUUUGUUUUCUAGUGUGACGUAUUCUCAAUGAGUACUUCCUCUUCCUGGUCUGGACGAACAGGGAACGCUAGGGGUGGAAAGGUCGUGUGAGGACAAAUCUGUCCAUCUGCGUUGUCCAUCAGGAGGAAGUGUUACAUCACGCUACGCGUACAGAUGCGCGAGUGGAAGUGGCCAAGCGGACGCACAUGAUCAGCCCGGAGUGAUAUGUCCACGCAGAGUGGCGCAUGUGGUCGUUAAGCGCUUGGUGGGGCCACGUCCAGAUUGUUGCGUCAUCGCUGCUAUUCCCUUUUCAGCAUGUUCGGACAAUACAAAACCACACAAGAAUAAACAUAUCUGUCUGUGUGACUUGUUGAAAGGACAAAUCAUGACCUGAUGAUACUGUUCCACUCCAGUCCUGCAGGUGGCAGCAAUCUAGCAUACUUUUCACCACAGUUCCAUCUGCAGGAACACGUGGGUCACCGCCCCUCUUGGACACAAGGAGGACGCAGAAAGCUGACAAAACCUGAUCAGUCCAAAAACGACACCGCACCGAGGGCUUGAUUUGUCAUUUCAUCAGGUCGGGACCGGUUGGAAAAUUUGUUUCGUCAGAUCCGAACCUGUUUUUACCCACAAAUGUCCGAAAAGGCUACUUGGACUGUUUCAUUAGGUUUCGGACCUUUUUGAAAAUUGUGGGGUAGUUUGUGACCACGACCAAAAAAUUACCACAUUUUUUUUUCCAACUUUGCUGCCACAGCCCCUUUUUUGUCCAGGAGGUUCCGGAAACCUCUUAUACCCUCAUUAUGGGUACCAGGAGGACCCAAAAAUGGGCUAAAAUGCCAUUAUUUCCAAGGGAGUUCACAACUGUCACAAAAUCACGUUUUACCCACAAAAAUGUCCCGGCAAGACCCCAAAAAGGGUAAAAUGCCAUUUUUCAUACAGCCAAAAAUGGCCUCUUGCAGUACUUUACAGAGGGGUCCAUUUCCAGCUGUUUCUGCAGGUUGCAAAAUCACGUUGUUUUUUUUUUGUGUUGCUGUCACAGCCCCUUUUUGGGGGCCAGGAGGUCCAGGAAACCUCUUAAAGACUCAUUAGGGGUCCCGGUAGGAUCCAAAAAUGGCCUAACACAGCAUUUUUGUUUGAUUUUGGCAUCGCAACAUCCCAUUUUUUUUAGGAGGCUGCCACUGUCCCUUUUGGGAUAGCAAGUUCUUAUGCUUUCAUGCUUGGCUGAGGUACGGAUGUCACGGCUCUCGUAUCCCUCAAGGUGUCAUUCGGAGUCAGUUCACUAGGGAUUUAAAAACCAAAAAACAACAAAAAAGAAGGUAAUGAAUAAUUCAUGAGCUCAAGUUGUUGGUGCAGGAAGUCCAACUUACGUGUGACUGUGCUUUUUAAUGCAUGCUAAUUCCAUGUAAAUAUUCCCACUGUUAGCUUGUGUUUUCUGAUUUAUCGCCUCAAUUAAAUUCCCAUUAGGAAUCAUCAGAAUUUCAUAUUCAUUCAUGUCGGCUGGUGACUCAUUCCUGAGGAGGAAAUUAAAUCUCAUGCUUGAAAAUAAUUCUCGACGUCUCGACGGUGCCAGAUCCAUGACUUCUAGCGGCCGGUUUGACUUUCUCCCCAAAAUCUUCUGACAUUUGAAAGCCUUUUGAGUGGCGUCUGUGAAGGCUGAAUCAAUCACAAGACGGAGAAAAAGUGCAGAGGCUGCCGUGAGUUCGGGCCUGUGAUUGACACUUUGGACACAACUGACUCACAGAGGUCAGCGAGGGGUUCGCUUGGCACAGACGAUCAAAAGGUUGAAAGUGACACAGCUUUAUCUGAGACAAGGGCAACCAAUUCCACAUGACGAAUUAAGACAAAACGGUCACAAAAUGUCGAAUCGAAACUGUGUAAAGACGAACAGGGGGUCCUUGGGUGGAGUUUUGGUAUCAGUCGAGGAAGUCGAAGAGGCAGGAGAACAAAUAAAACUAUAAUAAGCAUCCUGAGGCGUUCCCAGGCCAGUUGAGAGGCGUAGUCUCUCCAAUGUGUCCUGGGCGUUCCCUGAGGCCUCCUACCGGUCGGACACACCCUGUCCACCUGCCCAGGGAGGUGUCCGGGACGCAUCCUGCCCAGAUGCCUGAGCCAUCUCAUCUGGCUCCUCUCGAUGCGGAGGAGCAGCGGUUCAAUUCCGGGUUUCUGCCAGAUGACAGUGCUUCUCACCUUAUCGCUAAGGAAGAGCCCCCCUUCGGAGAAAACUCAUUUUCUUAUACUCGUAUUCCAUAAACCUCAUCCCACACUGGCUGCGUGAAAGUCAGCCAUGUGAACCACUACAACACCACUGGCUGCUGAGCUGCACUGUUGUACCUGUUCUCUGUCCAGGUCCUACGAGCUUGCCUUGUGGGGACGGAAACAUGAACCACGUGGGUAAAAGCGAAGUCCUGCACUAACUUUGUUGUAAAGUCCUUUUACAUAAUGUGUUUUUUUCCCAGACAUGGUUUUGGUUUAUUUCGGAUCUGUGAGGUGUCACAUUAGUGCGAGAGGCCUGCCGGAAAAAUGUACUAAUUCACAUUUUCCCUGCAUGGGUUGCCUCGUUGCCACCAUCUGCUCGCCCGCAUUCCGACCGCAUUCUCCCCGUCCGAAGGAAUUAAGCUAAGCAUCCGUGUGACGUGGUAACUGCGAUAAAGAAGGCCCACCUGCAUCAUCUUAAAGGGCCGCUCCAUCUUUCCAUUUCCAUUUCCUCCGAUUUUUCUUUCCUAUCUGGAUCACUCAAGAGGAUGCUUACCAAGUGUGCAUUCAUACCUGCAAUCAAACAUGGAAGGGAGGGCAUUCCCAAGGGCACGGCGCCAAGGUCAUUUCUAUUGAUCGCGGUGGACGUGUGGAAGUAGUUUCCAAUCUGGCGGUAGAUGUCGCCUGCUGAUGGACGACUAAAUUGGCUUAGAGAUUGUUUUUUAUUUGUGCGGCCCGUACAACCGCGUUCCCAUGUCGCAGUUUAAUGACACCUGCAAUAACACGUUAUCAUGCGGAAGCACUUUGGGGCAGACCACGUCUAUCACCGAGCAACUUUCCCUUUGCAAGACUGCAAUGGAAGAUGCGGGGCGGCUCUCGUGGAUGUCUUCAGGCUAGAGAUGACUCACGAGUUGCACAGCUGAUGCGAGUGAAAGGAGAGACACUGUAUGUGCCGGAAGAGAACCAUUCAACCGUUUGAAAUGACAGGAAGGAAAUCGUCUGUUAACCUGCUGUCACACCACUGAACUGUUCUGCGUGAAUACGCUGCAUUCACGAGAAACCGCACGCGAACGCUGAGAGAUGACGUCACCGAGCAAGAAGUGGCAAAAUGACAAGAAGCCAGAUGCUGUCACAGUAAAAUUGGAAUAUUCCAAGAAAAGGGUGGGAAUGUUGUCACAGUCACGUCAUAACGUCGCGACAGCGAAGUCACGAGCUCCAAGACAAAAAUGGAAAAGUUACAGUACAAGAACAAAGUUUACGACAAUAAAGUAGUAGGAGGAAAAAGUCAAAAUAUUGCGGGAAUAAGUUCCAAAAAAAAAGGUUGAUUUGAGAAAGCGUUGUCAUGUUGUGUGAAUAAAGUUGUCGUGUUAGCAAGACAAAGUUGUACAUUUACCAACCAGUUUUAGUGUUGGAGGGAAAGCGUUGUAGUACAUCGACUGCCAAAUCAUGAGCUCACAAAAAAAAAAGGCAAACUGCGUUACAAGAAUAAAAUGGUCGUGUUACGACAAUAAACCGUUACCUUUUACGGGAAGUAAAUAAAACAAAUGUACUGCGAUAUCACAGGGGAAACAAGCAACAUGAUUACGAGUCAAAUCCAAAUGGGAAAAGCCAUGUUUUCAUGACAAAGUCCAAGUGUUACAAGACAAAAAAUAUCCUGUAACAUUACUACUCGUGUUCCCGUUACAUCACAUGCUCAUGUAUUAAAUAUGACUGCUGACACACUCAACUAACUCACGAAAAAGAUGCUCCAGCAAACACGUAACCUCCAACUGUGUGAAUACGUAAAUAUCCUGUAUGCACGUGUAGCAUCUCCUACUGUGUGUUCUCCACCAGAAUGACCUUAUUGGCGUCAUGUAAAAGUCCACAUAGACAGAUGGAGGUAGUGAUUUCAAAUACAGUAAGAGGAUCAUUAACAAAGAAUAAAGAAUUAUGUAUGCAAAGUUAGUCAAGGGUAAUGCAAAAUGAAUUAGUGGUACUAUAUUAGCAGGAAGAGAGAGGCACUAUGAGUUCAAACCCUCCCGGCUGUGUUCUUCCUGCACUGAACAGCUUGCAUUAAAAAGCACCAGUGACCUUGAGACACGCACAAAAACACAGAGGGAGGAAGUCACACUUUAACAUCCUCGUCAUCAUAUCUGAGCCUCUCAAAGAGUCAGCCCCGCAUUGUGACGCAAAUACAAGUUAAGACGAGCGAGGCGAGGUGACGCAGGCUCUGUUAGCGUUGGUUAGCGAGCUCCAACCUGACCACUUGUCUGGGCAUGUGCAGACCAGCACUGCAGUGCUGCAGCCAGCACACACACAAGAACGGGGCCGGGAGGUGCCGCUUCGAUAAAUAUGGGGGGAAGAAUACAUGGAGCAUCGAUGAAUCAGCAAUUGACUCCAGUCAAGCAGUUUAGCAAGAUAUUAAACACUAAAUUACACUCAAAGCAGGCGAUUUUACAACAAGUUGUGCUACAAAUGUAAAAAAAAUGUUGCUUCCUGAUGUGGUACUCACCACAAAUAUGGCUGACACGCUAAUGUGUGACAACUUCAGCUUUAUACGACUGUCUGACUUGCUACUGUUGGCUCCAUUUAGCUCUGUAACUGGUUGUUGUUAGUGUUAGCUAAAUACAACUGAAUAUAUUAGCCAUUGUUCACCUUAGCUGAAUAAAGAAGCUAACGGACCAAUAUACUUCUUAUUAUCCCACAAUGAUGUAUUAUUGAUUUUAUUGGCGAUUUCAACCAUUAUCAGGCCAAUAUGAGGGAAUUGUGAUGUCAUACUGAGAAAUCCGAUAACUUUAAAAACAGCUCUGAUAACUGAUCAUUUUCAAAAAACCUUCCAAUGAGGCAAGAUACUGUGCAGGUGAGCAAAUCAAGCGCUCCUUUUUUUUUUCUCCUGCCUGUGACAUCAUCGGCCUGUCGUAACUUCUCCUGACCUCACUUGCAAACAGACUAAUUUGUUUGAAAAGUGCAAAAGGUUUGCCAGCGACCUCCGUAGCUGUAGUAGUCCUGCUCGGAGGGGGUGCCCGAAUACAGAGCACCUUGAUGGGCCACGCCGGGCGGCUCCCCCCUCUCUACACUCUGGUUCUCCAGAUAGCAGUGACGUGGUAGUAAUGUCAUGAUAUUUGAUGAGGACAAAUUAAUAGGUACAGUUGGUCAAAUCCAAAUGUGUUUGAGUCCUUCUUACCUCCAGGCGUGCACAGACUAAUGUUAAAUCUACAUUUUUAAAAAGUAGAUAUAAAAAAAGUUAUCGGUAUCAGCUAUCGGUACCAUAUCGGUCUUGAAAGCAGAACGUCAUAGACGCAUACACAAAAUAAAUAACUACAAAAUAAUGCGACAAGGACUUAUAUAUAAUGAAUUCUGUUAUCUCAUUUCCAUUCUGUCAUAAAUAAAAAUAAAUAAUACAAAUACAGUCACCACUUUGCGGUUCCAAUUUCGUGGCCUCAUUCUAUCACGUUUUUAAAAAAAUAUGUUCAUUCAUAAAUCAUGCCGUUUUAUGCUUGAAUCGGACCUAUUAUUAGUCAAAACACGUGCGUAUUUAAGCAAAUGUUACGUAUUUAUUUGCCUGAAUUAAGCAUUUUCAGGACAAAAAUAGCUAAAUGAAGUAAAAUACAAACAUGAGGCGUUCAAAAGACGCAAUCAGACGUUGAUGAAAUGUAGUACUCUACUCCGGUCACUCGGUGUCAGUAGUGUUACUGUAAUGUCGGCGAGACACACAAAGAUCAAACUCGAUCGCCGGAACGACAGGCUUUUAUUGCAGGUUUGGAUUAUCUCACAAUAAAAAUCCCUAAUAAAAACAGGGGCUAUUUUUGGGGCCGUUACCCACAAACAGCUGAAACUCAACUCUGAACCCCCGACAUCACUUCCUGUCGGCCUCUCUUUCAGGUCGCCUAGGGAACACAUUUAAAGUAACACACACGAGCACAAUUACGUCUACUAUAUUGAGUAAUGGGAGUGUAAAGGUGACUAUAGGGGUGUUAUUUCAUGUCUAGAGGGCUCUAAUAACAUUAAAAACCAUAUUUAGAAUGUCUUAAACAGAUUUUCUAUGCAGUAACUAUGAAAAUAUUAUUUUUAUAAUUAUGGAAUCCUACUUUGUGGAAAUUCACUUUUCCCGAUCACGUCUGGGACUAAUUAAUCGGGAUAAAGGAAGGAUCACUGUACAUAUUGGAAUGAAAGAAAAACAGCAUCAUCUGGUGGAUAUAUCGGGGCACUGCACCUCCUUGCCCCUUUAAGGUGGAGUUGCUACGCCUGAUAGCUCAAAAGAAUUUUCAAACAUCAUUUUAGUCCAUUUUUGUCAUGUAUGUAAUGACUUGUUAUUCCGUUUCCACGACGUCUGACUAGCAGGAUGUUAUACUUAUAUAUAGCUAGAUACCAUGUACUGUAUUAUGCGUGUACUAGAGCGGCAAUGACGUACAUCAAAGGACCAAAAAUGCUGCAUCUUGUUAUUUUGCGCAAUAAAAUAAGGUCACGGUGAGAAUCACAGCGCAUUUUUUUCUCUUUGCUGUUUGGAGACGUGCAGUCUCUCCUCUGGGCCUGCUGCAGCCUUCAUUUGGCGUCUCGAGUUGCUGAGGCAUCGGACCAGGUGGAAGCCGCAGGGGGGCAGCAGAGAUCGUGGUGGCGUUACCUUCAGGGUGAAGGUGAGCGUGCCUGACUGCCUCCUCAUUAAGCCGAUUCAUUUGACGGCAACAACUCGCAUGGCUAGUGGGAGGGUCCCGUGCACGCCGGCGCUACACCACCAGGCUGCUUGCACUCAGAGCGGAUGGCCUCAUGACAGGAGCCGGGAGGCAGCGGUGGUGAGUGGGCCGACAUGAUCCACGGACACGCUCGGAGACCGCUUCUGCUCGCCCUCACGUGCGUGUUUCUCUCCGGAGCGUCGCCAUGGUCACACCGCCAGGAGGAUGCCAUCAACGGUGACAAUGAGCAGUGUUCUGAUAACAUCUCCACCACAAAGUACUCCUGUGUCAAGUCCAGUGGGGAGGUCACAACCUGUUACAGAAAGCAGUGCUGCCGGGGAUUCAGGUUUGUGCUGGGCCAGUGUAUUCCGGAAGAUUAUGACGUGUGUGCUGGCGCCCCCUGUGAGCAGCAGUGUACCGAUCACUUCGGCCGAGUGGUGUGCACCUGUUACCCAGGCUACCGCUACCACCGCGAGCGCCACAGGAACCGCGAGAAGCCUUACUGUCUGGACAUCGACGAAUGCGCCGACGCAAACACAACAGCCUGUUCUCAGGUCUGCAUCAACACGGUGGGGAGCUUCAGGUGCGAGUGUGAGACGGGCUACUUCCUGGAGGAAGAUGGGCGGACAUGCACCAAGGGCGAGAGAGCACUGCAUCUCUUGGGCCAAUCCGACAACGUGAUGAACGCGGGAACCUGCUCGGCCACGUGCGACGACUUCCAGCAGAUCAAGACGACGGUGCUGCAGCUUAAACAGAAGAUGCUGUCCAGCAGUGGUGAUGUUCCUGAGCAGAGGACCAAUGAUAAAAUUCCAGUGUCCCCGGUUUUUUUGACAGGGCCCCCGGGCCUUCCUGGUCCUCCAGGUACUCCAGGACCAGAGGGACCGCCGGGUCUUACAGGACUGUUGGGGCCCACAGGCCCUCCUGGACCAAGGGGCUUGAUGGGUCCCAUGGGCCCCACACCAGACUUGUCCCACAUCAAACGAGGCCCCCGUGGACCUGUGGGGCCUCCUGGAGCACCGGGAAAAGACGGACGCAAGGGUGACCGAGGAGCUCCCGGGCUUGUUGGACCUCCAGGCCCUCCAGGCUCCUUCGACUUCCUGCUCCUGCUCAUGGCCGACAUCCGCAACGACAUAGCCGACCUGCAGAGCAAAGUGUACGGCCGGGCCCUCCUCUACCCGGGGGAGGAGCCUCCUGGUGGCUGGAGGGAUAGCCAGGAUGUGGGCUCGGGCGAGGACUACAAAGAGCCACUGCCGCCGCAUGCCAAGAGAAACCGGAAGAGGAAACCUACGCGGAGAGACUGGAACGACUGAGGGAGGUCCAUUUUGAAAUAAUGAAUGUGAGGUGUAAAUAUUGACUUAUUAUUAUUAUUAUUAUUUAACAAUUUUGAACAGCCAUUCCAUCACAGAUGUUUAUUUUUCUAUGAUAUCCAUAUUUUUUAACAAAAGUAUUUUGCGGACGUCCACUUCCUUGCCAGCACAUUAAAACAAAAACAUGAAUCCUAACUUUAGUUUAUGAAUAUUAUUUGCACUUUAUCACAACAUGUGGUCCUACUCAGAAUAUGCGAGAAAUGUUGUGAUGCGCCGUUGCCGCGGCAGCAGAGGAAGAUAAACUAAAUGGCAAAUUGUUAUUACUGACGUGGUCCCGCUCAUCCAUACUCAGCUGAGGCCUGAAGGCUUGUUGACAUACUUUGCCGCACGGGUCGAGGUGUUGUAAAUCCUGGCGUGAUAACACACGUGUUAAUGGUUUAUGCACUUAAAUGUCUGAACAGGAACACACGCCAGCACAAACGAUAACAACAUGACUCAUGCCCCGAUAGUUGUUCACCAUGAGGACCCUGUAAUGUAUUGUGAAAUGCUACUUAUCCUAAAUGCUGAAGGGCAAGGAACCAUAUUUGGUCCCUUUUAAUUGGUGUUCAUUGUAGUGAGAAUAAAGUGUGAUUUCUGAAAUGAUACUCAAUAGACCUUCAAUCAUGUGAUAUUUCUACUUUUUUUCACAUCUGCACUCACCUAAUAUGCCAACUUUUUUCUUGAGAAAUGGCGAUUUUACUUUUACUUUUCAUAAUAUUACGUCUUUUUCUCGUGAAAAGGUGACUAUUCCAAUGGCUUUCGGACUUUUUGGGGGGGGGAAAUUACAAGUUCUUCUCUUAAAUUGAAGAUUUUCUUGGAAGAAUACAAUCACGUAAAAAUCCUAACCUUUUCUCUCGUAACACUAGCAGUCUUGCGUCUUCAAAUUCCAACUUUAUUUUGAUCAAAUUAAGCUUCUUUUUUUUUUUUUAAUCGUCAUACUCCAACUAUUCAUGUAACGCUCGUUUUCCUUGUGAAGUUCCAACUUUGCUCUUGGAAAACUGAUGCUUUUUCCGUCAUUUUCUCAUAAUACUUCCACUGGUCUCGUAACAUUAUUACCUUUAUCUCGUAAAAAUACAACUUUUCUCGUAAAAUGACAAUUUAUUCUUGUAUAAGUCUGACUCUACUCGAGCAAAAUGACUUUUGUUUCAAUGCAACGGUUCUUGUAACAAUUUUUUUUCAUUAAGAUAGUUUUUUUCCCCUCAAAAUACUACCAACAUUAUUACCUUUCCAUCCAUCCAUCCAUCCAUCUUCUUUGCCGCUUAUCCUCAGUAGGGUCGCGGGUAUGCUGGAGCCUAUCCCAGCUGACUUUCAUUCAUAAAAAUGCAAUUUUUUUUGUAAAAUUCUAAUUUUUUUCCUGAUAAAAUGAAGACUUUUUUUUACUGUAACACUGCUACUCAGAUAACAUGACAUCUUCCAUCCAUCGAUUUUCUAUGCCGCUUAUCCAGUAUUUAAAGAAGGGUUUAAAAAAGGGUAAUCAUACUGUGGCUGUUUGAUGGUUGUCCACUAGAGGGAGACAUUGACACAGUCAUAAAUCCAAAGUGUGUCCUGCACGUGGGGGAAACCUUUGGACAUACAGUAUAUACUGUUUAUACAUAUAAUUCGGUAUAUACCGAACCUCUUAUAUAGUAUAUGUGUCCAGUACUGACCUGGUUAAAGCUUGACUUAUCUUGAAGAGGCAGGCUGGGCCUCUUCAGUGCAAAAAUUUGGGCUUCCAGCUGAGUUUUCAGCCUGGUAGCUUUUUUUCCAAGUCAUAAAACGUUGUUGUUUGACCGUCUUCGUUGACCUCGCUCGUUCCAUGUCUUUGUUUGGACCAAGAAAACUUCAAGUUAUAAUCUCGGGAGCCGUACCUACCUACUUCAUGUCAUUUUUGUUUUCUCGAAUAACACAAGGAGACGCCGUAAAAAGUGCAAAGUGGCCCCUUGGUGCCGUGCAUCGGUUCUGACUUUAUCCUCCGGAGUAGAAAAACACGACUGUCAUAGACAUACUGAAUGAGUAUUUAAGUAUACUUUGUGGAGUGGAAGCUUUAAAACCACAGUCUGUUAACAAUUUGUUCAUAUAUUUACAGUUGUUCCCCUUGGGAAAUAACGGAAAUAGAAAUAAUCUGUUUCAGUGUCAAAGCAUCCCCCAAAAAAACUUAUUAACUGUACAAAUACAUUUUUAAGACAUGUAGUUCAAGUGUAAAAAGAAGUUAAACAGUUAAGAGUUUUUUUGGAGUUGUUUUUUAUUGGCCAAUUUUGCGGUUCAUUUGUAGCUGGUGCACAUAUGCUCCUGUUUUUUUGUUUUGUUUUGUUUUGUUUUUUUGUACAAAGUAACAGUAAAAAUGUGACUAUCGUAUCAAAUCCAAUUUUUUUUUUAAUCGUAACAAUCUGGCUUUAUUGUUGUAAUAACACUUUUAGGAAUAUUAUACAUUAGGAAUAUUCACGUAACUCUUUUCCUCACAAAAUACACCUUUAAUGCAUAAAAUUAACAUUUUAUCCUUGUAAAAUUCUGACUUUUGUCACAAUGGGACUAUUCUCUGAACAUCACAGCUUUUUUUCUCACUAACAGAAAAAGAGUUAUAUAAUAUAU